AUGCCCAGGAUGUUUCCCAUGCUGCUGGUAAAACUUGCUGGCGCAGGGAGCUCCUUCCUUUCAGAAAGUAUGCACACGGUCCUCUUUCCUCCAUGUUCCUUUAAUUCUCGUUCCUUCAAUUCUCUCUUGGCCUUGCCUGAGUCUUCACAUCUAACCCGCAUACUUUACAAGAAAGCUCUAUACAUCGAUACAUUUCCAUCCCGCAUUACUUCCUACCUCGCAACGAUGCGUCUCGAGCUCUCCAUCCUCCUGGGACUUGCCAUGUCUGUGAAGGCUGGAUGGCUCGUCAGCGCCUAUCCCACUCUCGAAUGCAUGGGCGGAGUAGAUGAGAUCGGGGGUCAAGGCAAUCUGGGCUGCCAGCCUCUGCCCGAGGGAACGGUAUCUGCCCAAGUAGACCUCGACCAUGGCAGCUAUGUCAGGCUCUAUGCAGACACGGAAUGCAAAACGCUGAUAAAUGAGGCCCGUUAUGGAGGGCUCUGUUACACAACCUACUACCGGACAGACGGACUCCAUUACCGGGGAGUCAUCGGCUACUGGCCCUCUCCGCCGAAUGUUAGUGGCUAUUGA